AUGAGCCGCAAAUCCGGAAAGACUCGCACCGGCGGCGGGAAAGCUUUCGCCAGCUCCGCCGCCGGUGCCUUUGGAGCCUUCUCGACAGCGUCCAGCGGCACCAACCUAUCCUACCUGACAGAGCCCCCCGAUUUCUCCGCGAUAUCCGACGCCAACGUGGUCGUGUCGUUCAAGAACCUCCUAAAGAAGGAUGCCACAACGAAAGCAAAGGCGCUGGAGGACCUGAUCACAUACGUCGAGGCCCACCCCUACGAGCAAGAUGGCGGCGCAGAAGAGGCGAUACUGGAAGCCUGGCUGGAGCUGAUGAGGUCCGCCCGGAAACGCAUGGAGCGCCAUGUCCCCAAGGUCGUCGCUACCUGGCUGGCCGGCACCUUCGACAGGGAUCGCGGCGUGUCGAGAGUCGCCACCGACGGCCUGUCGUCCUUCCUCUCCACUCCCGACAAGCUCCUGCAGUUUUGGAAAAAGUGUCAGCCUCAGAUCCUCGAUUAUGUUUCGGAUGCGAUUCUGGAGACGGCCGACACGCUGAGCGAUGAGCGUUCCACGAAUUCUGACGAUGCCGAGGCAAAAUACUACAGGGUACUCGGUGGAAGCCUGGCCCUGGUCUUGAACCUCCUCCAGAAACUGGACUCGGACGACCUCGAGAAACACAGAGAGAGCUAUGAUAAGGUCCUCGAGGUGGACAAGGUGUGGACCAGUGCAUUAGUCAACGAUGCCGCGGUCAGGAGGCUAUCAUGCCAGAUCGUCCUGGCAUGCCUGCAGAAACGCCCCGACACGAUACAAGACAGCCUCAACCUCCUAAGCAAGGUCUACGUCUCCGAAGGGUUAAAGAGUAGCCAGGCUGGUUCGGCUGCGGAUUUUGUCAAGUCAUUGAACGCCUUGACCACAAAGUUCCCUACAAUAUGGACCUCAGACUAUCACGGCAAGAAGUCGCCUACCUCGAGACUGAGGUCAUUCCUAGAGAAGGGAUCUCAAGGUAGUGCUGUAACUUUCUGGGAGGAGCUAAGUCAAUUGCUGGAGAAGGUGCCGGCUGGAGUUGCUCCUACCGAUCUAGAUGGGGCACUGGACUUUAUGAAGACUAUGCGAUCUGGACUUACCAGCCGCGAAGAGCCACGCAGCCAUGCGGUCAAUGCGUGGGCGUGCUACUUGGGAGCUGCGAGGUCGUUCAUGACCACAUCAACCUCACCAGACGAGGCUGUCAGGUUUUCCCGGGAGGCUGUAUUCCCUCUAACCGAGCAGUACCUGUUCCCCGUGUCGGAACGAUCAACUUGGGCGUCUGGAUGCCAUAUACCUGUCCUGAUAAAAGCGUACACGUCGACAGCUGUAUCGCCGAAGCCCGAGAUCGUGGAAGCUACCAAGCAGGAAUGGUCUAGGUUUAAGAGUGAAUUCUCGACGCGUAUCCGCAACUCUCUCCCAGAAGCAUCCAAGGACCACGAAAGAUCGCAAAAGGGAAUUGCGGAUGAAGGUAGCCGGUGGUUUACACUUUGUGGAAAAAUACUAGAAGCCCAUACGAAGACUGCUGGGACCGACCGCCCAAUCCCCAACAUCCCGUUAGCUCCGUCCCUGGAGCUUGUCUCUGAAGCCCUGCAAUUGCUUCAAAAUCGAAACUGGAAGCCUUACGGUGCUGCAGCAGCAAUUGAGGCGGCUUUCAAAGACGGCGCCCAACUCUUCCGGGAGAAAUCGACUUCGGUCGACUCCGUGCUGAACCUUGUCGGAGCUGCGGUUCCCGGCAGCAAGGACGUCAUCCUUACUUCACCCAGUGCGCCACACAUUUUCUCGAUCAUCAACCUCUUGGGUGAUAUUCCGGGAAGAGAAGCGGAGUAUGAGCGGGUAUGGAAAUCUAGUGUUGAAGCUCUUCUCAACUCGGCAGACAAGGCUGCAAUUGCUUCAGCGUUGGCUAAACUGCUUUCAACGAGACGUUCUGCACCACUCGCCCGCCAAAUACCUCUUCUACAGACAGAGCUGGCUCGAAUAGCAGUCGACUAUGCAUCAGGGGCAUCCAAUGCCGAGUGGGGCGUUUUUGAUGCUGCUAUUAGUUAUGAUGCAUUAGAUGAGCAGACCGGAAGCCAGCUGGCAGGGAAUCUCGCAGCGCUAUUGACGAAACGGCCAAGCCCUGCUGCCAUCAAAUCGCUGCUCCUGAUUGCCCAAAAGAAGCCCGAGUUACUCUCCCGUGAUGAGUCUACUCACAUGACGUUGAUGACAGGCUUAUUGAGUCUUUCCGAGAGACAUGACGCACCGGAAGUGGCUACUCUUCAGGCCUUGAUCAGCAACCCUUCAUCAGAUAGUUCGAGAUUCGUAGACUUGAUCCACCAGAACCUCGACAGCGUGGGUCCUACCUCUCUAGGGAUCGAUACACUUGUCCAGCAAGCAGCACAGUUCAAAGCCGCUCAGAUAGACAACGUGAACCCCAGUCUGGGGCUCGGAUCUAUCUUGCCUAACACCAAGAUCUGGAGGGAUGAGCUAUCUGCCACCCUAAACAAGACGCCGAAUCCAUCCCUGUCGAUAACAAGCAGCCUGGGAGGGGCGUACUUUCUAGUAGCUCCAGAGUCAGCCGAGUCGUCAUCGCCUGUCCAUAGAGAUCGAAACGGUUGCUCCAUACCAGGCCGUAUGGCCAUGUACCUCUCCAAGCUAUUCUCUACGGGUCUCGAACUCGACACUCUACCCACAGAGGUACAAGUAGACAUGCUUUUUUACAUGUGGCUGACCGCUGAAGUCGCCUCGGACCAGUUGACGCUGAUGGCUGAGGACAGUGUUUGGAAGUCACUUGCCGUGGAUGCUGCAAUUUCGGAUGCAGAGCAAUUAUCCUCGUCCUCUCGAAAACUACUCAUGUCGGUCAACGAGGAUGCUUCGACUUGGAGGGAAGGGUCAGGCAGCAAAGGCUCUGUCCUAGUCCAUGGACUCUUCGAAAAACUCUUGGAUGAGUCUAAGCUGUUGACCCCACUGGGUUUAUACAGUGCAAAGGUACUCAGUGAAAUGUUUGGAGAUCUGAUUGAUCAGCACGGCUUCCCUUCGAGUGGAGAGCAGUGGCUUGCAGGAUUAGACAUACUGAAGUCUUCACCUGCCACUAUACUCCCCGCUGUCGUUAUCUUGACAAGUCUCCACGAAGCACUUGAUGCCAGUAAGCCCAUCAGCAAUUUUUGCAAUCGUUUAGUCAGCGAUGCCGCCGGCGCCAAGAUCGAUUCGGACAAGUCUUUAGCGACGCUUGUUCUUUUGAAUGCCUGUUUGCAGGUCUACAAGCCCGAUGAGGUACCCGUGGCCCAUAAUCGCCUGGUCUUUGCGGUUAGGCAGAUUACUUCGUGGCUAGAAACGCCCGAGGAAGUUGAUCACCGGUUUGCUGCAGAAGCGUGCCGCAGUCUCACCCUUCUCCUUCCGUGUAUCAAGGACGUUUAUGGCGCCUAUUGGGAACGAUCUAUCGAAUUCUGUAUCCAUCUCUGGACGGAGAGGACCUCUGAACCUCUAGACUACCGUCUGUCCGCUAUCCAUGCAUCCCUCAAGUUGAUGCAGACACUACAGUCGCUUGAUGAGCCAAACGAUGACCUAGUAGACGUGCUUCAGUCUACCGCUCAGAAAAGAUCAUCCGCGCUGGUGGGGCUACUCAGCCUACCUCGGGACAAGGCGACCCAGCCUCUUGAGAUUGUCGACGGCAUUGUCUGCCGACAAAUUGAGAAGUUGCCGUUAGAUCAUGUCGAAGACCCAUCUGAUUUAUACAGCCUGGUUGCAGCUGAUUCUAGAACUGUCCAGACGGCUGCAUUUACACUACUUCACAAAGCUCUUCCUGCUGCGCAAGAAAAGCUCGCAGUUGAUGUUCUUCUGGAGAAGAAGACCGCGCAGCUCCCCGACGAGUUACUGUCGCUUCUGCUAGAGGCCCCGACACUGGAGGCAUAUUCUGAUGAGGCUUUAGCGAAGUUUCCUACACCGAUCCGCUCCUACCUGCUGACUUGGCAUCUCGUGUUUGAUGCAUUUACCGCCGCACCGUUCAAAGUCCGCAGCGAUUAUGCUGAUAGUCUGAAGAAUGAAAACUAUGUCGGGCCGCUCAUGGACUUCACAUUUGAUGUUUUGGGUCAUUCAGCCGCUAAUGGACUCAACCUUGACAAGGCUAAUUUUACAGAGGAGAACAUCAAAGAGUAUGACCUCAAGCUUGCCGAUUGGGAACCCGAGGAGAGGAACAUGCAGUGGCUCCUGAUCCACCUUUACUACUUGGUCUUGAAAUUCGUGCCAGGACUUUUCAAGUCGUGGUUCAUCGACUGCCGCUCGAAGCAGACCAAGAUCGCCGUGGAAGGCUGGAUGGUCAAACACUUCUCGCCUAUCAUCGUGUCCGAGGCCCUCGACGAUGUCGCUACGUGGGCUGAAAGUCAGGAACCGCCGGCGGACGACGAAAAGGAGCUUGUGGUCAAGGUGAGCAGGGCCGCAAAGGAAGUGACUGCCGGCUAUGAGGUGGACGAAUCUCACGCCGCCAUCGCGAUCAAAGUUCCUCCUUCAUACCCGCUGGAGGGUGUUACCGUGGUAGGCGUCAAUCGAGUGGCUGUAAAUGAGAAGAAAUGGCAGAGCUGGAUCAUGACAACUCAGGGGGUCAUAACAUUCUCGGGUGGCAGUAUCAUUGACGGACUGUCGGCGUUCAAGCGGAAUAUCAUUGGUGCGCUUAAGGGGCAGACCGAGUGCGCUAUCUGCUACAGCAUCAUCAGCAGCGACAAGAGGAUGCCGGACAAACGAUGCGGGACCUGCAAGAAUUUGUUCCAUAGAACUUGUCUGUACAAGUGGUUCCAGAGCAGUAACCAGAACACCUGUCCGCUGUGCCGAAACCCUAUAGACUAUCUGGGCUCAGACACAAAGGCAAGGAAGGGGGUAUGA